GCGAAAAGGAAGUGGUCCCCCGUGGACGAGUAGUAGCCGCAUAUUCGGACAGUCCGCCUGGGAUGUUAGUGAGUGUUUUUAGGAGACGACUUAUUUUGUGUUCGGACGAAUCGGUCGGUGGAAAAAGAAGCGCGCGGGUCCGUUGCGGACAAACGGCAGCCGUAGAUGAACUAUCAUGAAGCCCAGAUUAAAUAAGCUCCUGUCGUCUACAAGCUCUCAGUUUUUGUCUUGAACGGAUAAAGACGGAGGAUGAAAUGAGAUAAAAGGACGACCGGAGGAGCGCAGACUGAAGCAUGGCGGGCCUGCAGCUCAUCACCCCAGCCACGUCGCCCAUGGGGCCCUUUUUCGGUCUGCCGUGGCAGCAGGAGGCCAUCCAUGACAACAUCUACACCCCCAGGAAAUAUCAGGUCGAACUUCUUGAAGCAGCUCUUGAGCACAACACCAUCGUCUGCUUGAAUACCGGCUCAGGGAAGACGUUCAUUGCAGUCCUGCUAACUAAAGAGCUCUCCCAUCAAAUCCGGGGAAGCUACCAUGAAAACGCCAGGAGGACGGUUUUCCUGGCAAACGCAGCCUCGUCUGUGGUUCAACAAGCCGCUGCCGUCAGGACGCACUCUGACCUCCAUGUGGGGGAGUACACUGACCCGCAGGAGGCGACGGCGUGGAGCCGCCAGCGCUGGAGCCGGGAAAUCGCAGACAAUCAGGUGCUGGUCAUGACCUGCCACGUCUUCCUGCACGUUCUGACCAAUCACAUCUUACCAUUGUCUAAAAUCAACUUAGUCGUGUUUGACGAUUGUCACCUGGCCAUCACGGAGCAUCCGUACUGCGAGAUCAUGAAGCUGUUUGAGGAGCACACCUGCGGCUCUCGCAUCCUCGGACUCACCGCCUCCAUCCUCAACGGAAAGUGUGACCCGUCAGAACUGGAGCAGAAGAUUCAGAACCUGGAGAGAAUCCUGAAGAGCAGCGCGGAAACUGCCACCGAUCUGGUGGUUCUGGACAGGUACGCCUGUCAGCCCAGAGAGGUGGUGCUGGACUGCGGGCCGUACACGGACAAGAGCGGCCUGUCAUCCCGUCUGCAGACGGAGCUGGAAGACGCUCUCCUCUUCCUCAACGACUGUAACAUUUCUGCUUCCAGAGAAGAUCGAGAUCCCACCUUCAUAUCCAAGCAGAUCCUGAGCGACUGCCUGGCGGUGCUGCAGGUUCUGGGCCCCUGGUGUGCAGAUAAAGCCGCCGGCAUCAUGGUCAGAGAGCUGCAGAAGUACAUCAAGCACGAGCAGGAGGAGCUCAGCCGCAAGUUCCUGCUCUUCACAGACACUAUCCUGCGCAAAGUGCACGCUCUGUGCGAGGAGCACUUCUCCCCCGCCUCCCUGGAUCUGAAGUUCGUCACCCCCAAGGUCCUGCGGCUGCUGGAGAUCCUCCACGAGUACAAGCCGUUCGAGAGGCAGCAGUUUGAGAGCGUGGAGUGGUACAACAACCGCAACCAGGACAACUACGUGUCCUGGAGCGACUCGGAAGACGAAGAUGAAGACGAGGAGGUGGAGGCCAAAGAGAGGCCUGAAACGAACUUUCCCUCCCCCUUCACCAACAUCCUGUGUGGGAUCGUCUUUGUGGAGAGACGCUACACCGCUGUGGUCCUCAACCGCCUCAUCAAAGAAGCGGGGAAGCAAGACCCCGAGCUGGCUUACAUCAGCAGCAACUUCAUCACCGGCCACAGCAUCGGCAAAAACCAGCCGCGCAACAAGCAGAUGGAGGUGGAGUUCAGGAAGCAGGAGGAGGUUCUCAGGAAGUUCCGAGCUCACGAAACCAACCUGCUGAUCGCCACCAGCAUCGUGGAGGAAGGAGUCGAUAUUCCAAAGUGCAACCUGGUGGUGAGGUUCGACCUGCCCACAGAGUACAGGUCGUACGUCCAGUCCAAGGGGCGGGCGCGGGCCCCCGUCUCCAACUACAUCAUGCUGGCCGACUCCGAGAGGACGCAGGCCUUCCAGGAGGACCUCACCACGUACAAGGCCAUCGAGAAGAUCCUGAGGAACAAAUGCUCCAAGUCUGUGGAGGUGGGGGAGUUCGACGGCGAGCAGGUUGCCGAUGACGACAACAUCCUCCCUCCUUAUGUGCUGCGCUCUGAAGACGGAGGCCCGCGGGUCACCAUCAACACGGCCAUCGGGCACAUCAACAGGUAUUGCGCCCGGUUGCCUAGCGACCCGUUCACGCACCUCGCGCCCAAAUGUAAGACUGUUGAGACGGGGGCUGGGCGCUUCCAGGCCACGCUGUACCUGCCCAUAAACUCACCUCUGCGCGUUCCCAUUAAGGGUCCUGUGAUGCACUGCGCCCGACUGGCAGAGAAAGCCGUCGCUCUCCUUUGCUGUGAGAAACUCCACAAAAUAGGUGAGCUGGACGACCACCUGAUGCCUGUGGGGAAGGAGACGGUGAAGUACGAGGAGGAGCUGGACCUCCACGAUGAGGAGGAGACCAGUGUGCCGGGGCGGCCCGGCUCCACCAAGAGGAGGCAGUGCUACCCGAAAGCCAUACCAGAGUGUCUGCGGGACAGCUACGCCGUGCCGGAGCAGACCUACUACCUGUACGUGAUUGGGAUGGUCCUCACCACACCCCUUCCCGACGAGCUCAACUUCCGUCGAAGGAAGCUCUACCCUCCGGAGGACACCACCCGGACCUUCGGCAUCCUCACCGCCAAACCUAUACCUCGAAUUCCCCACUUCCCGGUGUACACUCGCUCCGGUGAGGUGACCAUCUCCAUUGAGCUGCAGAAGUCGGGCUUCACGCUCAGCGCCGCUCAGCUGGACCUCAUCACCCGCCUGCACCAGUACAUCUUCUCCCACAUCCUCCGCCUGGAGAAACCUGCACUGGAGUUCAAGCCCACGGUGGCUGACUCAGCUUACUGCGUUCUACCUCUGAAUGUUGUUGGGGACUCCAACACACUAGACAUGGACUUCAAGUUCAUGGAGGACAUUGAGAAGUCUGAGGCCCGCACUGGCAUUCCUACCACUAAAUACACCAAGCAGAACCCGUUCACCUUCAAGCUGGAGGACUACCAGGACGCCGUCAUCAUUCCAAGAUAUCGUAACUUCGAUCAGCCUCAUCGUUUCUACGUCGCUGACGUGUACACAGACCUGACGCCGCUCAGCAAGUUUCCUUCACCAGAAUACGAGACCUUCGCCGAGUAUUACAAAACCAAGUACAACCUGGACCUGUCUAAUCUGAACCAGCCUCUCCUGGACGUAGACCACACCUCCUCCAGACUGAACCUGUUGACUCCUCGGCAUCUGAACCAGAAAGGCAAAGCUUUGCCUCUGAGCAGCGCGGAGAAGAGGAAGGCCAAAUGGGAGAGUUUACAGAACAAGCAGAUCCUUGUUCCGGAGCUGUGCGCCAUCCACCCCAUCCCCGCCUCCCUGUGGAGGAAGGCGGUGUGUCUGCCCAGCAUCCUGUACCGCCUCCACUGCCUGCUGACCGCCGAGGAGCUGAGAGCCCAGACUGCCUGUGAGGCCGGAGUGGGGAUCCAGAACCUCCCGCCCGACUUCAGAUACCCAAACUUGGACUUCGGCUGGAAAAGAUCCAUCGACAACAAAGCUUUCGGCUCCUGCCCCGAGUCCUGCAGCGAGGACGGCGUCUGUGAGCAUCAGGAGGCCGGAAGCUCUGAGCGUUCCCUCCCGGCACAUCCCGGCUCCAGCGUUCUUAAUCUGACAAACGGCACCGCUGAGGACGGCCCCCAAGACGAGCACCUUCACCAACGCCAGCUAAGCUCCAGCAGCUCUGGGCUGCAGAGCGCUGAACCAGAGUCUACCUCAGCUCCUGCGCGGGCUCCUUCCAGCUCCAGUCCUCCACAGCCCAGCAGUGAAUGUACGCCUGCAAGGACCUCACACCAUGCACUUGAAGCUACCUCAGGCUGCCAGCUUUCAGCCACCGCUCCCACAGCACCUUCGGCGGACUCCACCAGCGAGCACCAGCAGGGCUCCUCUGUGGGAGACUCCCCCAAGAACCUGGGGCCCAACCCGGGUCUCAUCCUGCAGGCCCUGACUCUGUCCAACGCCAGCGACGGCUUCAACCUGGAGCGGCUGGAGAUGCUGGGAGACUCGUUCCUGAAGCACGCCAUCACCACGUACCUGUUCUGCACCUAUCCCGACGCCCACGAAGGACGGCUCAGCUACAUGAGGAGCAAGAAGGUGAGCAACUGUAACCUGUACCGUCUGGGGAAGAAGAAAGGGCUGCCAAGCAGGAUGGUGGUGUCCAUCUUUGACCCCCCUGUUAACUGGCUGCCCCCCGGAUACGUGGUCAACCAGGACAAGAGCAGCACUGACAAAGUGGACUCAGAGUCCAAAGAGGAGCUUCUGACCAAUGGGAGGCCUGGGAAUGACUUUGAUGACGACGACGAUGACGACGACACCGGAGAGGAGCUGGACGAGUUGAUGCUGAAAGAGGAGCCAAAGGAUGAAGUGAACAUGGAGGAUGACCUGGAGUACUACAAGGAGCACAUCCGGUUUAUCGACAACAUGCUGCUGGGAUCGGGCGCCUUCGGGAAGAAGAUCUCCCUGAGCAGCUUCCCCCACUCGCUCAGCCCGGCCUCGGGCUCCUGCCUGGAGUCCUCCUACGACUGGAAGGUUCCCAAAAAGCCCGCCCACCCGCCGCCGUUCCCCAGCGAUCCGGCGCCCAGUGGGAUGUCGGCGGAGGAGUUCGACUACAGCUCGUGGGACGCCAUGUGCUACCUGGACCCCAGCAAGGCGGGGGAGGAGGACGAUUUUGUGGUGGGUUUCUGGAACCCGUCGGAAGAAAACUGCGGCACCGAGCUGGGCAAGCAGUCCAUCUCCUACGACCUGCACACGGAGCAGUGCAUCGCCGAUAAAAGCAUCGCAGACUGUGUGGAAGCUCUGCUGGGAUGCUACCUGACCAGCUGUGGAGAGAGGGCCGCUCAGAUGUUCCUCUGCUCCCUCGGCCUCAAGGUGUUGCCGUCUCAGCCUGGGACGAGCAAGGGAUCCUCCAGCAAGACCUCGUCUGCAGACCUGAGCUACGGCUGGCUGAAGAUCCCACCCCGCUGCAUGCUGGACCACCCGGACGCAGAGCGCACGCUCCAGCAUCUCAUCUCCGGCUUUGAGAACUUCGAACAGAAGAUCAACUACACCUUCCAGAAUAAGGCCUACCUGCUGCAAGCCUUCACCCAUGCUUCCUACCAUUACAACACCAUCACAGAUUGUUACCAGCGGUUGGAGUUUCUAGGUGAUGCAAUUCUAGACUACCUCAUAACGAAGCACCUUUACGAAGACCCGCGGCAGCACUCCCCCGGCGUGCUGACGGACCUGCGCUCGGCUCUCGUCAACAACACGAUCUUCGCCUCCCUGGCCGUCAAAUACGACUACCACAAGUACUUCAAGGCCAUCUCGCCGGAGCUGUUCCACGUCAUCGACGACUUCGUGCAGUUCCAGCUGGAGAAGAACGAGAUGCAGGGCAUGGACUCAGAGCUGCGGCGCUCCGAAGAAGACGAGGAGAAGGAAGAGGACAUUGAGGUCCCAAAGGCCAUGGGGGACAUCUUUGAGUCUCUGGCUGGAGCCAUCUACAUGGACAGCGGGAUGUCUCUGGAGACCGUGUGGCAAGUUUACUACCCAAUGAUGAGGCCUCUGAUCGAAAAGUUCUCUGCUAACGUUCCGCGAUCUCCGGUCAGAGAGCUGCUCGAGAUGGAGCCAGAAACCGCCAAGUUCAGCCCUGCAGAGCGGACGUACGACGGGAAGGUGCGGGUGACGGUGGAGGUGGUCGGGAAGGGCAAGUUCAAGGGAGUCGGCCGCAGCUACCGGAUCGCCAAGUCUGCGGCGGCGCGGCGAGCGCUGCGCAGCCUCAAAGCCAAUCAACCUCAGGUCCAAAACAAUUGAGCUCUGGGUUGAGCUCCCAACAUUAGCACCUAAGCUAUCGACGCUAACGGAGGACAAAGAGUGGCGACCCAGCUCAGCACGGCGCGCGGCGAGCUUGCGUUCCGCAGGGGGAGGGGUGAUGAGGCGUUCAGGGAUCCCUGUGGAUUUCCUUCACCUUCUUCUUCUUCUUCUUCUUUUAUGUUUGCGCAGACACAAUCUUUCCUUUCUGCUUUGUUAGUGCUUAGCGAGCGGCGCCGCCGCGUGACCCGAGGCGACGCUCGUAGCGUAGUGUUAGGCUGUACAUAGACAAACCGGGCCGCGUCGGUGUGACGAACCCACGCCAGCGGGCGCCUGUAGGGGGCGUCUCCCUCAUUUUUGCACUCAUUCCAUGACAGUCUGUUAUCUGGAGACUCACGGUCACGCCAAAACCAUAAACGUAGCAGAGUAAAUAAAUAUAUAUGAGAGUAUGGCGCGCGUAGAUGGAUAUAACGGACCUUGGGCGGCGAGGCCCUCAAUCAUGACCUGCGAUCUCCACAUUCCCAGUUACUGUAAUUUGAAGUGGUUGCAUGUUGCUGUAGCUUGUGCUCAAACAACUGGAGCGUUCGUGGCAUUACCUUCUGGUCCGGCGUGGCGUUUCCCCUCGCUCGAGGCUGAAGUCGCUUCCUGAGGAUACCGGCUUCUUCUUUGUGUUCUCAUGAGUGUCGCCUCUCGCUGAAUGUCGUCGGUUCACUUGAAUACCUCAGUUAAUUGCAUGCAUUUCUUUUUUUUUGGUGCUAUGUUUCGUUUUUGUAUUAAGCUUGAACUUCUCAUCCUUUUGCACUGUAACUAUGAUACCUCUUUAUUUGACGUUUGUUUGGUUUUUCCUGUCGCUGUAGAGGAGAACCGCCAUGCAACUCCUUAACCCCUCCCCCAACACUUUUUUUGGGGAAAUGGGGAUUAUUUAGGAUUUGAUAGGAGUAAAUGGAUCGUCUGAAGCUCCUCCCCCUUCGUUGGUCUGCGUGGCGUCUACCUCAAACAUGUUCAGUAUUCAGCAAAGGCGUCUGGAUCUGGGUGCCUUUUUUUUCUGUUUUGUUUUUUGUGUGGGAGAAGUUUGGGGAAUUCCCGCGGCGGAUCGUUCAGACGACCCGUUUCUGCCGACCCGAUCCCGACCGGCAAAACGGCGCCGCUCGGAACUCGACGGUGGUAAAGCGACUGCCUCUUUUCUUUUUCCCUUUUCAGAAACAGUCAUUCGCCUUUAAAUGUAACGAGCUAAUGAAAACAGGCCCCGCCCACACUCAAGCAGGCCCCACCCACAUUCAAACAGGCUCCGCCCACACUUAAGUAGCACCUAUUGACUAAUCUGAAUAAAUUAAUCUGUUUUUCUCGUUAAAUUAACAAAGUUUUUUUUUAAAAAAGACUCGAGUUUAAAUUUUUCUUAUUCUUAUUCCACAAAUUAGUUUUAUGAACUCCUAAAAAUAUGUAAUUUCAGUUAAAAACCUUUAAAAUGUUACACAAAACUGAGUGGUGGAAACUAAGUGAUGAGUAGCAGCUGUCACUGAUGACAUUAGUGUUCAGAACGGGUCUUUAAAAUAUAUAUUCAUCUGAAACUGUAAUUAGAUAUUAUUUAAAACUAUGUUUUCUCUUUUUUUCUUUGUAAAGUGUAAUACUUAUUCUAUUUAAAGCAUUUUUAGAAAGGUAAGGUACAUGAUUUUAGAAAUAAAAAAUGUUUAUCUCAUUUUAAAAUAUUCAAAAUAAAAAAUAAAAAAAUUAUGGAAGCAUAAAGUUUUAUUAGGGAAAUUUAAAAACUAAGACCUGAAAACCAGAAAAGAUUUUUUUUAUUUGUGCAAAAAUUGAACUCCUCAUUGUUAACUUGAAAUAAGCUGAUAAAAAAAUAAAAAUCUUUUUUUAAUUAUAGAUGGAAAUGGUCUGAAGAUAUGAAACAAAGACAUUGAGAACGUUAUAUUAAAGCUUUUUAGGAUCGAUACUUUGGUUUUCCUAAUUUGCAUGAUUGAAAAAUAUCAAAUUAGGACGUCAUCUGCUCACGUGUGAUCUGUAAAGUUGGACUCUCUGGGCCUCCGUAGCUGUCGCCGUGACUCAUUAUUUCAUUAAUUCAUUGGCAACAUCUGGAAAUGUUUCCGGAACGGUCCUGUAGACGCAUUUAACACUACAACUCAGCCAGGUGAAAAGGAGGCGAAGUCACGAGAGAGGCCACGCCCCCUUUAGCUCAGCAGGUUCUUGUCAUGGAGGUGUGGGGGGGCGACUCCCUCAUUCUUUUUGUAAAUGUAGCACAACGGAGCGUUGCACUCGGGCGCCGUUCUUUACCUCAUCUCGGACUCGUGUUUGCGACACAGGGCGCUCGCUGCUGUUGCCGAAGGGGAGGGGCUUAUCUGAAAAAAAAAAA